AUGAAAUUCAGCAAAGAAGGGAUCAGAGUAUUGAGAGCCUAUGGUAUUGGACCUGGCAAACUUAAGUUAUGGGACGAUUUUAGCGUGCCCAAAGAUUAUCUUCCACCAACACUCAAAGAUCCACAUGAGGUGAGCGCCCAUACCGCUUCAGUUUCAUUUACUAACAUCAUGACAAGACGACAAUCCAAAGAAACCACCGUGCCUGAACAGUUUGACUCUGCAGGAGAGGACGCUACAGAUGAAGACAAUCCAAAUGCUGAGAGCUUAUUCUUUUGUUCUGAGGAAGGCUGCGUCAUGUCCUUUCAGCGACAUUCCUCACUUGAAAACCACCUCGAUUGUGGGAAGCACAAGUACGCUCUAGAGUGCGAAACUUUAGUUGAUAAGGCAAUAAUUAUGUACGCAUCAAAGCUUGAACAAGGAGCAACUUGUGAUGUACCACAGAUAUAUGAAGACAUUCCAGUUGACGUUGUAGCUACGCCGAUUCUGAACAUGGGCUGGGCCCUUAAAAGUACCAAGGAAUACAAACGACUAUCGGAGAAACAAAAGACAUAUUUACUAGAUACUUAUCAAGUCGGUGAGCAGACUGGUCAAAAGGCUGAUCCUGCAUGUGUCCGUUUCAAGAACAAUGAAGAGGGCAAGGCUCUCCAGUGGCGAGCCUAUGUUCACAGCUACCGAAUAUCUGACGGCACUGCAAAUCGCCAGUUUCUAUUCGCGUGA